AUGGAGAGCAAAGUCUGGCUGAUCACCGGUGCUUCCUCUGGCUUUGGUCUCGAAUUAACUCGCACCGCAUCAGCGAAGGGACACAAAGUGAUUGCAUCUUCUCGAAAUCCCGCCAAGACUCCUGAAUUAGUUGAAGAAAUCAAAAAGAACGGCGGGACAUGGAUUAAUCUGGAUGUUUCGGGGGAUAAUGUCUCCAAAGUAUUGUCGGAAGCUUGGGACAUAUAUGGACACAUUGAUGUCCUUGUGAACAAUGCCGGUUUUAGCAUUCACGGCGCGUUCGAAGACCUUGGCGAGGCAGAUAUUCGUACCCAAUAUGAAACCAAUGUUUUUGGUGUAUUCAAGACAAUGCAGGCCGUCUUGCCAAGGAUGCGGGAGCGCAAAUCGGGCAUCAUUGUCAACAUUAGUUCAACAGGAGGACUUCGGGCUUUACCCGGCGUUAGCCUUUAUGCCGGGUCCAAGCAUGCCCUCGAGGGCAUGACGGAGUCCCUCGCCGCGGAGUACGCCGAGCACGGCGUUCGGCUCAUCUUGGUCGAACCGGGUCCCUUUCGUACAAACUUCUUGGGAAAGAAUGCUUCUCAGGCCCGUCCGUUGAGUGAUGCUUUUCGCGGAACAGCUGUCGCCAAGGUCUUGGAACAUCUGGAAGAACCCAAUGGGAAGCAACCGGGUGAUCCCAAAAAGGCCGCACAGGCGAUUUUUGACUUUUGCAUGGGACAGGGCAAAGCCGCUGAGUUGAAAAAGCCUUACCUGAGACUGUUGCUAGGUAACCCAGCGGUCAAGUCUGCCAACGACAAGUUGGACUCGCUCAGAGAGAAUUUUAGCGCGGUUGAGUCUAUAUCUAGAAGUGUCGAUUUUGAGGAUUAA